AUGGGUGCAAAGAAGUACCUCGAAAUCGUUCUGACCCAGUACGGGUACAGCUUCGAGAACCCUCCUCCACAGGAGGUCGUAGACCAGCUCAAGAUUGAGUACGCCGAGUGGAUGCCAGCCUUCUGCUACGAGGAGCCCAUGAGCAAGUACUGCGAAGGCGUGCCGUCGUACUACAUGUACCGCAUCGCCCUCGCCCCCAACGUCCUCUUCGUGGCCCUCUUCGGCCUCGCCCUCAUCGCUUUCAUGGCCACCUUCGCCGCCACCCGCCGCGGCCUGGCGUUCAACAUCGCCAUGGGCCUGGGUGUACUCACCGAGGUCGUCGGGUACAUCGGGAGGAUCAUGAGCUGGACUAACCAGUGGGAAGAGUCCGGCUUCAUGAUACAGGUCUGCGCACUCACCACGGCCCCGGCGUUCCUGGCUGCCGCGAUCUACCUCUGCAUCCGCCAGAUCGUGACCGCCUUCGAGCCGAAAAACUCGAGGAUCCCGCCCGAAUGGUACACCAGAAUUUUCAUCCCCUGCGACCUGACCUCUCUGGUCCUCCAGGCCGUUGGUGGCGCCCUCGCUUCUGUCGCCCACCACCGCAACGAGUCCACCAGCACAGGCGACAACGUCAUGCUCGCCGGCCUCGCCUUCCAGGUCUUCACCAUGCUCCUCUUCAUGGCCGUUGCCGCCGACUUCGGCCUGCGCACCUACCUCCGCGCCCGCGGCGCCCACCUGCCCAACCUCUCCCUCACCCUCGACAACCACCCGGCCAUGGUGUGCCUGCGCGCCUCGCGCCGCUUCAAGGCCUUCCUGGUCGCCCUGAGCCUCGCCACCGUCUGCAUCUUUGCCCGCUGCAUCUUCCGCGUGAUCGAGCUGAGCGGCGGCUGGACCGGACCCCUGAUGGCCCGCCAGGACCUGUUCAUCGCCUUCGAGGGCGCCAUGAUCGCCACCGCCGUGCUGGCCCUCAACGUCUUCCACCCGGCCUUCUGCAGCAAGGAGCUGCUCAACCCGCCCCCUCGCAGGGAGAUAGUCAGGAGGGAGCGCUCGGAGCAGCCGGCCUUCAAGAUGGUGAACUUUAUUAUUGAUGAGAACGAGGUCGCUGCCCAGGACGCCGCCCAAGACACCACCCAGGACACCACCCAAAGAGACCCCGCCCAAGAAGUCUGA